AUGAUAGUGCACUACCUGUGGGUAUCAGUCCUGGACAUCAUGAGGGGGAUUCUUCUCUUUCUCUGUGCAGCCUUGGCCGCUUGCCAGAAUAUCAGUUAUGAACCAGGCCUGAACCCUAAAAAGACCUAUGAAUACAAAUAUGAUGGUGUCAUAACUAUUGGACGUGACAUGCCAGAUCUGGCAGAGUCUGGAGUGAGGAUGAAAGGCUCUGUUAAAAUUAUCGGAGUAUCAGCUAAAACAUUCCUUCUCCAGGUUUCUAACAUGGCCUUUGAGGAAUUCAAUGGGUUCCCUGGAAAGAGUGCAUUUGCUCCCUCACCAAAGCUGACUGAAAGGAUUGCUGCACAGCUUGCCAAACCGAUCAUGUUUGAAUAUGCAAAUGGACGUGUUGGGGACAUACAUGCCGGAGCCGAAGUGUCCAACACUGUGGUGAACAUUGCGAGAGGGAUUCUUGGGUUUCUCCAAGUCACAAUCAAGAGCACACAAAAUGUUUAUGAACUCAAAGAGGUUGGAAUCCAUGGCAUUUGUCAGAGCCACUACUUCAUUGAAGAAAACACCAGUUCUAAAGAGUUGUUCAUCACUCAAGUUGUGGAUAUCAGCAACUGCCAGGAGAAGGCAGAAAUUUAUACAGGAAUGGCGCUUGCAAUCAAAAACAAAAACUGUAAAGAGAGAGGUGAAAACCUCAAAACAGCUGUGAAAUACACAUAUACUGUGAGGCCAACUGAUGACGGCGCCCUUGUCACAAAAGCCCACUCUGACGAACUGCAGUUCUUCUCUCCAUUCAAUGUGAAGGGAGGCAGUUCCAAAGUGAAAGCAAUUAAAAAUCUUGUGCUGAUCAGUGUGACAGACACUGAGGAGAACCAGGUGAUUGGUCCCUUGCAAAACAGGGGAAAUCUGAUCUACAAGUUUGGGAAUGAACUAAAUCAAAUUCCACUGGUCUUGAAAAAUGUGGCUGAUCCAAUGACCAAGAUUUCAGAACUACUCCAGCGAAUAGCUGAAGCUAAUAUGAAUGAAGUUGAUGCCACCACCAGCACCGAUAUCUUUGAUCUGUAUCAGCUUCUCCGUGUAACAACACUUGAAAACCUGGAAGCUCUAUGGACACAGUUUUCUGGGAAUGCAGAGUACAGGAGAUGGCUGCUGGACACUGUUACUGAAGUUGCGGAUGCUAGAGUCAUCAAAUUCCUAAAAAACAGAUUUCAAAAAGCAGACAUUACUGUGAAUGAGGCUGCACAGACGUUACUGGUGGCAUUGAAUCAUGUAACAGCAGAUGCUGAAAGCUUAGAACUCUCCAAGGAAUUCCUGAGAAUGCAAUUUACUAAGUCAUCUGAAUUUCUAUGGAGCAUUGUAGCAAUGUCAUAUGGUUCAGUGGUAUACAGGUACUGUGCUAACACUGAGCCAUGCCCCGCAACUGCAGUGCAGCCUUUGGUGGACUUUGCGAUUGAUAGCCUCAAUAAAGGCAGUGAAGAGGAGAUGGUUUUGGCCCUGAAAUCCUUGGGUAAUGCGGGGCAUCCCUCAAGCAUCAAGACGAUCAUGAAGUUCCUGCCUGGCAUCUCCCCGACAGACGCUGUCCUUCCCACCCGAGUGCUGAAUGCAGCUGUGCAGUCACUCCGGCUCAUGGCCAUCAAAGAGCCACACAUGGUCCAGGAUAUUGCAUUUCGCGUCUUUGUACAGAGACAUCUUCCUUCUGAAGUGCGAAUGCUGGCCUAUAUGGUUCUUUUUGACACAAAGCCGUCAUUCGCUCUAGUGUCAACUGUAACAGCAUUCCUUUUGGAAGAGACCAACUUGCAACUGGCCAGCUUCUCCUAUUCUCUCCUCCAAGGGCUUGCAAGGUCUCAAACCCCUGAUAAUCACUAUCUGUCGAUAGCCUGUGAUGUAGCUGUCAAAAUUCUUUCCCGCAAACUUGGCCGUCUCACUUUUCGCUACAGCAGAGCUGUGGUGUGGGGUUGGUUUAAUGAUGACUUCUUGUUUGGCACAGCUGGUGAGAUCUACAUACUGGAUAAUGCUGCUAGGUCCUUUCCAACAGCCAUUACAUUUAGAGGACAUGCCUUUCUCAUUGGUAGAAUCCUCCAGCUUCAGGAGGUCGGUCUCCGUGCAGAAGGAAUCAGAGAACUGUUCAGUCAGAUUCCUCCCAUAAAUGGGAAAGCCAACAUCAACAAUAUAGGAGCCAUUUUGAAAAUGCUGUCUGAGUGGCAAUCACUGCCUAAAGAUAAGCCUCUUCUAUCUGCCUUUGUAAGGGUUUUUGGUCAAGAGGUAUUCUAUAUUGAUAUCAACAGAGAUAUGAUUCAAAGGGGCAUUCAGGCACUAAGUCCCUUUGCUGGGAAAGAAAGCCCAUUGUGGAAAGUAAUCGAAGAUCUUCAAAAAGGGAUCCAAUGGCAUUGGACAAAGCCAUAUCUUGUAUUUGAAACUCGAUAUAUACAAGCAACAAGUCUUGGUUUGCCAGUUGAAAUCAGCAAAUAUUAUUCUUCUAUAACAGGCAUUACUGCAAAUGCUAAAGGUACAAUCAGUCCACCACCGACAGAUAACCUCGGCCAAUUGCUGAACUCUGAUAUUUCAAUCGAAACAGAUGGAGAUGCAUGUGUUGUCAAAGACCAUUUCCUCUUCCAUGGGAUUAACACUGAUAUAGUGCAGUCUGGUGCUGAGUUCAAGAGUCAAACAAUUUUAAAUAUGCCAUGGAAAUUUGCAAUGAAACUCAAUGUUAAAGCAAAGAAAUUCCACAUUGAUAUUUCUCCCUGCCAGAAGCCAACAGAGCUGCUUUCAGUCAACUUUAACGUCUAUGCGGUCUCGAGAAACAUUGAGGACCCAUCAGGGGCCGUAAUGACUCCUAUGAUGGCAGACCCCAACCAGGAAAACAACCAGCACCUACAAUUCUUCAAACAUGAAAACAGAACCUCUGAACAAGAAAAGGUGUCAUUUGAGAUAUACCAUACACAGUCACGGAUGUGUGCUGAGGCUGACACCUACGGGAUGGCCAUCUGCAUAGAAACAGAAGCAAAAAGAGCACAUUACAUAGAUGAAUAUCCUCUUUACUACUUCUUGGGAUAUACCCACUUUGCAUUUAAACUUGAGCCAGCACAGAGCAAAAAGCCAGUCGAUAAAAUCCACAUUGAGAUCAACGGUGGACCAAACAAGGCUGUCCGAACGCUCAGUAAAAUGAUAGACGUUUUCAGGAAUUCUGAGGUAUCUAAUGUCAAAAAUAAUUCCAAGAGUCUGAAGUCUGCUAUUGUUCUUUUUCAGUUGUUAGAUGUUAUGCUGGAUCCUGCAGUGACAUUAAAGGCGUUGGCAAUAAGCGGCAGUGCCAAGCCAGAUGGUUAUGAAGCAGCUGCAUAUUUCACCCAGGCUGCUCACAAAGAUGACAUACAGCUGCUAGUGUCUCAAGUUGGUGAGGAAGCCAACUGGAAACUCUGCUCAGAUGCAAAUGUGGAUAAGGCACACAAAAAAACAAAGAUUCACCUCAGAUGGGGUGCAGAGUGCCAGACAUACAAAAUGGUCAUGAAGGCAGCAAUAUCACACUUGCCUGGUUCACAACCAACCUUGUUUACCACAGUUCGCUGGGAUAAUGUACCAGUAUAUAUGAAAGAGGUUGCAAAGAGAGUUCAAAAAUAUAUCCCAGGAAUGGCGUUCCUUCUUGGAUUUUAUCAGAAACAUACAAUUAAUCCUGCAAACCAAGUCUCUGCUUUAAUAACUGCUGCAUCUUCUGAAUACUUUAACUUGAAGAUGAAGAUUCCAGAGUUGACACUUUACAAACAAGCAAUCCAACUUCCAUUUCCAGUUCUUCAACUUGAAGAAAUGUACGCACAGUCCGAGGACUUCAGAGAACCAUUUUUCAUGUUCAGAGACCUGAAAGCCUGCAGUCUACAACGCCAGCCAGUGAAGGUGGUGAAAGCAGUCAGUGUUCUGGGCACCCAAUCGAGCUGUCAGUCUGUGGAGCCCAUCCUACGCUGCCGAGAGGGUUGCUAUCCCACAAGCACUGUUGAGCAGUCUGUGGAUUUUGACUGCGCUCCCCUCAGUAUCCUGCGGCGCUGCGCCCCGCCUCCUCGUUCCGGCUCGGCCAACCAGAAAACGGGGUGCCCCGAUUUAAAGAUGCUGGAUGCUUGGGAGGAUGAAGAAGAUGAGGAAGAAGGCACUGGAGAGGUAGAACUAGAGGAGGAGGAUGAAGAAGAGCAGGUGGUGUCAUCGUCUGAAAAUGAGUGA